UGCAUGAUAAAUACAUGGACUUGAAUGGAUUUAGAGGUUAAAGGAAUUGCUGCUUCUCCUACAAGUCAAACUCAGCCAUUCUCUAAAAGAAAGAAGCCACUACAUGACAUAAUACCUGAAAAUUUGCCAGCGUCAACAGACAAAUAUAAAUGAAAAUAUCAGCAAUACAAAACUGAAAUGAAAGAGGGAUACAAACAGUAUAGUCAGAGAAAUGUGCAAAAGACAAAGUCAAAUAUCACACAUCAACAGACUCCGAGAAACAAGAUAGAUGACAAGUGUGUACAAGGUGCAGAAGCCAUCACAGAUGAUCUUACAACUCUGGAUAGGAAAGCCCUCCUACAGCAAGGUUAUGCAGACAACCCUUACAUCACACAACAGAGUACAAGAAAAUCUGAUGCUGAAACUGUGGCUGCAGAGAAGAAGAAACAGACUGUUGCAGAGCAAGUGACGACAGACCACUUAUCCAGGGCUGUAAUCAGUGAUCCAGAACAAAAUUUAACCACUGAGAAGCAAGAAAUUGCUCAUAUCCUUUCAAAUUCAAAGCUGGUACCUCUUCGAUUUAGGAAAAGAACACUACAUGAAACAAAGAUAAGAACUCAGUCUACAUUAACUGAAAGUAUGCUUUCUCAUAAAGUACAAUUUGAUGGUAGGAUCAUAUCAAGAAAUGGACGUGAUGCUUGCAGAGAGCUGGUUGGGCUCUUUUUUACUCAUGACCAGUCCCUUACAAUUUAUGAGUAUCGGCAAUUUGGGAAAAAUAGAACAAAUGUGCUUCCUUUUAUUCAAAAAAACAUUUAUUGUCAUCAGCAUGGACAAAGAAAAGGAAAACAAUACCAACUUGGUGAUUUUUAUACUGGUGCAAACUUGACAUUUUUGAGCUCUGAUCAUCCCAGACUUCCAGAAAGCAUAAAAGAAAACACAUUGCUUACACUUCGAAUCACAAAUAUUGAUCAGAGAGCUUUGGAUUCUCUCAAAACUGAUUCUGUGGAACAUGAUGAUGUAACCAAUGAAGAAGCCAAUGAUAGAUUGGUUUUCAAGGCCAUUCAAGAUGUGCUAAAAGAACAGCUAUGUAAAAGAGGUGUUUGUAUUUUGACUGGAUUGAGAAAAUACCUUCAACAAUUGGACAAGGAAGGAAAUGGACUUUUAGAUAAGGCAGAUUUUAAGCAAGCUUUAAAAGUAUUUCACUUAGAAGUGUCCGAAAAUGAUUUUGAGUCUUUGUGGCUAAUUCUAAAUAGUUAUGGCAAUGGCAAGGUUGAUUACGGAGAAUUCAAGCGUGCCGUUAUUGGUGAAAUGAAUGAAUACAGGAAAUCAUUUGUUCAAAAGGCCUUUAUGAAACUGGAUUUUAACAAAACAGGCAGUGCGCCUGUUAUAGACAUAAGAAAAUGUUAUUGUGCAAAGAAGCAUCCUCAAGUAAUUUCAGGACAUUCCACAGAGGAAGAAACCAAAACAUCUUUUCUAGAAACAUUGAAAGAUACCUGCAGUAAGUCUGAUGAAGUGUCAUAUGGUGAAUUUGAAGAUUACUAUGAAGGUCUAAGUAUAGGGAUAGUAGAUGAUGAAGAUCUUGUUAAUAUCUUACGUACUCCAUGGGGGAUCUAG